CAGCUUAGGCAAGGGGCCAAUGGUGCUCGAGGAGACGACACAUCAAAACUGAAGACUCUUGUUUCAGACUGGGUGAAUAUGGCACUCAAGCCAACUUCCCCAGUCGAGUCCGAUGAUAAACAUUGCUGUGGGUUCAUCAAUGAUGUGUGUGGCAGGUUACUGUGCCCGGCUGAACUUGAUUGGAACAGCCCAGGCUAUAUCGUGACGGACCUUUCUUUCCCAGCGUUUUUAUAUGAAACAUACACUGCCAAUCCUGACAAUUUGGAGGAAGGUAUUUUUGAGGGAAAAUUUUUGUUGCAGGCCUACAAAGCUGUCUUUACGUCUCCCUUGUCAGCGAAGGACGUCAAGUGUGACGGUGAUGGCACGGACAUAAUUGAGAACAACUGUCACGCUAAGAAAGCAUUCUCGACCAUCAAAGUUAAGAAACACAUUGCGCAAAUUAUCAAAAUGGACAAGGUUACUCCUCGUUUGAUUGCGUACAUCGCUUGUCAAGUACGAUUCGCGCUUUCAUCUGUAACCUCGUGGCAAUUGGUCGAUGGUGAUUUUGAUUAUAUUCAAUUCUGGCAGACAAUUGUGGACUUCUUUGAGAGACCUCCUGGUCGAGAAGUGCAGUGCAGAGUCAAUUGCCUCCUGGAUUGGUGGACCAGGUGUGUCAUUUACGUUGCUGACCAACCUCAGCUGAACUCUCGUUUUUAG